AUGAAUCAUGCCAAGCCACAAGAAGGACAAUUUGUGUUGGUCUUGUUGGAGGCGUUUGAACCGAAUGCCCUUCCGAGUUAUUUAAGGAAGAAGGAAUUAAAGAAGAUCUUGUUGGAGGAAGCAAAGAAAUUGAAAUUGGAUGAGCAAAAUCGGAAACGGAUGGAACUUGAAUUCUCGUCGGAUCUUGAUGAUCAUCAAGUAAAUGAUGAUGAACACCAAGAAUUGAAUGAUCCUCCUAAUGAGAAUUAUGAAUCCACUUUCUCUCCAUGGACCAUUCCUUCCACAAAAACUCAUGAAAAUUUGGAAUCAGCAGAGCCUCCUCCGAGCUCGCGAUUCCGAAGCCGAGAGCCUUCAUCGUUACAAAAAUCAUCAUCAGCAAAAAAUGUUUCUUUGGGACAAUCAUCCAGAUCGAGUUUGUUUGCAGCAAAAGGACGAUCACAUUCGUUCCGCAUUGUUGGAAGUAAUUAUUCAAAAAAGACAAAAAUUGAGUUGAAUUCUCCAACACUACUGAAUACAUCAUGCACCACCGAUAAUUUAACAAUUUCUCCCAUGUAUAAACUCAAUACCAAACCGUCCUCAUCAAAGCCUUCCACAAACACAAAAGAAAUUAAAUUAAAUACUUUCCUGACAGAAUUUGACAAUUCGGAUGAUCAUGAUCUAUUUACUUCGAUAGAAAAAUUGGAUUUAGCAUCAUUGGAAAAUUCGCCCAAGAAAGAAAAAACAAAUCAUUCCAAGAAAAUGGCAAAAUAUAUCAAACAGCGAGAGUACGACGAGUAUUUACAUUCAAAUUUACAACGACGAACUGACAUGUACACUAAUGGAGAAGAAAAACGAACUGCAACAUUUUCAAGAGCAAAAGCGAACACUUUAACCAAGGCACCUCCAAAACUUCCCAAGCUGGUCCACCGUAAUUUAUUUACUAGCCCAGUUUGUGGUGCAAUUUCUUUAGAGAGUGUAAAACCAAGCAAUUUAAAAGUUGGAAUUGUCAUUGAGUGUCGAGAAAAGGAAGUGGUAUUGAGUAUUAUUUAUAAGGAUGGGGUUUUCUUGCAUUAUUUUAAUGUGAGAGAAGCUGUGCCUUACAAUCGACUCGUUGUGCUCACACAGGACGAAUAUAAAAUUUUACUGGGAGAGGCAUGGAUGGAGAGAUUGGUUGACUUUGAAAUGGAAACAACAAAGGGCCAUGCCUAUUCAUUUACUCCUACUGGAGUUUCAGAUCAUAAGAGCAAAGAAUGGUUGUCAUUGAGAAAGAAAAUGAUGACUGCUCUCAACAAACUCAAGAAACGAAAGGGUAUUGACGAUGACACAUUUAUACACACGCCCACGUAUCAUGAUUUAAUGCAAGAACUUGAGGAGGGAAACGAAGACGUAUAUUUGGACACCUACCGAGACGUUCGACACGGCACACAACCACGAUCCAUGAAAGAAGACGACGAAGAGCGAGAAAAAAUAGUUGGGAAAUGGAAUGAAAGGCUGGGAAGCAUUCAUGCGCUCAAACUUAAUGAACAUGGACUCUUAUCUCAAAAACGAAAUACCACACUGAGAGACUUGAGUGAGAAUUUAUCCAACAAGAUGGGCCAACUUCUAGCCUAUGAAGAUACAAUAUUGUCAUCGAUACAGCCUUCAUUACAACAAGAUGGAUCAUCAAUACUUUCUCCAGAUGCAUCUAAAUUACGAAACAGUCUUAAAAAGACUCCUUUCAGAGCGACUAUGAGCUCUUCCAUGUUGAACUCAACCAUGAUGAGCGGAAACAAUGUUUCUACCAACAUGACAGCCAGCUUUUUAUCCCCAAGAACUCCACGCACGUUUUAUUUGGAGAAUUUAUCUGGAAAACUGCUGUCUGGCAAGGUUGUGUUUGUUGAUCCCAUUAGUCUCAUCAUGAACGUCAUUGUGACAUACCAUAACAGAAAGUCCUUACAUGAUCCUGUACUCUCUCCUAGAAUGGCAAACUCGCCCAGAUCUAAAACAUUCAAAGAACAGAGAUUAGAUCACCACGAAGAAUCGACAUCCUCCAUUAUGGUAUACCUCUAUUUGGACAAAAUAUCAUUCACAGUCGAAGAGGAGAAUACUGCUGCAACUGCCUAUGGACCCAUGACAUCUAAACUCAUUGGAAAGCAAGUAAUGGUCUACAUUCCCAUGACAACCACUGCUAUUACAAAAAAGAACGCUAAUGAAGUGAAUACUAUUGAUACUUCUUUACCUUGUGACAUGUGGCUCAUUUCUGAAGGAGACGAUUGCCUCAAAUCAAGUCAAAUCAUUAACAAGGAUAUUCUCACCAUCGAUUUGCCUGGGAAAAUAUGGAUAAACAAGUGGGCUGUUGAGCAAGGUUUAGCAGUACUGAAUAUCAAUAAUACAAGUGUGAGAAAUGAAGAGAGUAACAUUACGAGUAUUAACAAACCUCAUUUUGACCAACAAAUGAAAAUAUUGAAAGAAGCAGAAAACUUUGCAAAACAACACGAUGUUGGAAUUUGGGGAUUUAAAAACAUGCAACUAAAAAUGGAAAAAGAACAAGAGCGAAUUCAAAGAUGGAAAUUUAGAACAGGUCAAAGUGAUACCAAACCACGUGCGCCAACACCAGUCAGAGACCCAUUUCAAAAAGAAGGUGGAAGCUUAUUCAGAGAGGCAGAUCGAAAAAAUAUUUCCUAUCUCGAUUUUAAAGGGGACUAA